ACUUGAUAGAGCGCUUCCUCACUCUGCCACUGCCACUGCUCUACCCCCCCAAUCUUCAGCCUAUAACCAGUAACCAGCGCCUCACGAAAACCCGUAUUCGCAGCAAAACGAACAAGAGAGCUAGAAAACAUGGGAAGCAGAUUGGGAAGACGAGUGGUCCACAUGGCCAACCUACCAAUCAAGCUGCUAAUGCCCAGCACCUUCACCAACAUCCAAGAGAUCGCCCUCAAGACCAUCCCUUCAGCCUCCAAAAUCGAAAUCAAGCGCGUCCUCGAGUCUCUUUACGGCUUCGAGGUCGAGAAGGUCCGAACCCUUAACAUGGAGGGAAAGAAGAAGAAACGUGGCGGCCUGUUGAUCGCAAAGCCUGACUACAAAAAGGCAUACGUGACUCUGAGAAACCCGCUCUCCAUCUCGCCGGAGAUGUACCCGAUUCGGAUAAUCGAGGAGGAUAAGCGGCAGAUGAACAAGCAGUCCAAGUCGAGCGUCGUCGAGGAAAGCGAGGGGAAGAGACACUGGCUCGAUGAGAAGGCUAGGGCCGUGAAAGCUGGUGAUAGAUUUGGCAAUCGAGGUCGUAUCGGCCAGCGGGGCGACGUGGCCAAGUUUCCGUGGAGUAGUAUGAGGUCUGCUGCUAGUGCGAGGUAGAAUGUUGUGAAAUGUUAUAUUUUGUAUGUUUUUAUGGUUCUGUUGAGGUUAAUGGUCAAUGUGAUGGUGGUCGUUUAAUGGUUUUUAAUUCGCGAACCUUUUUAUGGAUUAGAAUAAUAAACUUAUUUAAGGCUAAAGAAGAGUUAGAAAAGCCUUUAAAUGGGUCGUGGAGCAUUGAGAUUUUGAUGAAGAGAAAUUUGCUUUUGAUAUUGAUGCUAAA